AUGGAGAGUACAACAGUUAUGACUCCUUCUACCUCGAGGCUUGCUCCUCCAAUCCUACACCCAAGAUCUUCCUCAAGAACAAGAUCCCCAAAUAGAUCCUCAAGUCGAUCACACGUUGCCGAUGACCUCCUAUCCGACCUCACUCCCACCACAACCCUGCAAGCUUUCACUACACCCACAGGAAAAUUGAAGACGAGCAUCGAAGCAGCUUCUCCUGCGGAUCGAGCAUUUGGCAUACGAGCAACUUUAGCAUCCAAGAAAGUACAAGAGUGGUUGGAUGAAUUAUCAGAUUGGCCAUGGCCCAAAACUGGAGGAUCAGCGGGAUUCGAAGCUCCCGUCACUUCAAAGAAGAUAAGAGUAUCACGGCCCAAGUCGGACAAUGAAACGGAACAACAGGAUGAAGAAGAUACAGAGCCACAAUACUGUGGGAGUCUCUUAUUCGAUCAGGUUGUACGAUAUGAGUAUCGGAUAGAAGAAAUUGGAGAAGGUAUGGACGAUUUGAAGGUGGAAGAAAUAAAACGACGGGUCUUGGAUACACACUUUUCUGCAAAUUCUCGACCUUCCUCUUCUGCGUCUACCAUUGCCAUACCGGCUUUCCUUGCCUCGUAUACGAUGAUGGAUGAUUUCACAGCUAUAGUUACGGCCACGGUAUUGCAGGCAUUACCGAAUUUGGCAAAAUUGACGCGUUUAUUGGACAUAUGGGGUAUUCGGCUCUCUGUACUUCGAAGAGUGCCGCCUUUGUUGCUGGGGUUGGAUGAUGCGGAGAUGGCGUUAAACUCGGGAUGGCAGGCUAUAAAGAUGGCAGGGGCAAAUGCUACUGGUUCUGGUGAAAUGGGGGAUACGGUUCUUUCUCGCCAAACUUUCGAAGUCAUGAAAAAUGUUUUACAGGCCAAAGUUACGAUUCUUGGGAGAGAUCUGGAUUAUAUGCUGGAUACCUUGGAAGGCAGGAUGGACACCUUACCCGAUAGCUGGUUGGACCGGAUGGAAAACCUUGAACGGGAUUAUGGCGAAUGGGUCGUUUCAGCAGAUCGUAAAAUUACGGAUGGAGAAUUGGCCGCAAUCGCGACUAAACAGGCCGAAAAUGAUGCGGCGUGCGCAGAAGAUGCUAGAGCCCUGUCAACAUCUGCGAUAGAAAAUGGUCCAAUGGGAGGAAAUUCUGUUAGUAUCUCCAACGGGUUGUUGUCUACACCAGCGAAAACACCAAAUCCAUGCGCGGCUCAAGUUCAAGGCCACGAAGCUACGCAAACUUCAAUUUCGAAAAGCCCAUCUCCUCCACAAACACCAUCUUCAUUAUUAGAUUCUCAUAACUUGCAACAAGCUGGCAGCGGUGCGCUUUCACACACUCCAUUGACUCGCUCGUCUAGCGUCAGGAGCUUCACCAAAGUUUCCAAAUUCGGACACACUUUCGCAAAUGCAUUGAGACGUACCAUUUCGAAUGACGAAUCACCACAAACUUCGAGUCAGGAUUUACACAUCACAGCUCCAAAAAUUUCUAUACGACCAUCAUCGGCGAUUCUUGAUACAUUUCCGAGUCCAACUAUGAAGUCCCCUACAGGAUCUAGACUGCCAAGAUUGCGUAGUUCGAGCUCACCCCAUGUCAUCGGAAUAGAACGGGGAUUCUUUGCUUCCAAGGAUUCAACCACUUCUCCAAAGAAGGAUUCUGUCUUGAAUGCGCCAGCUUCUAGCAUUGCUUUAGCAAAACAGCUGGGCAUUUCUUCCACAUCCCACGAAUCGGCACAGGAUAGUCAUGUGAAAGCCCAGAAUAUGAAGGCACCAGCAUAUCUAUCUAGCGCGUCUCGCAAUUCCACAAUAGCUAGCAGUGACGGUGCUUCAGAAAGUGCUCAAAGGCUUGGUCCUGAUGGGAUGGAAUUCGAUAUUUUAGAUGCACAGAUGGAAGCACGCAGACCUUCCAUAAUUGUUGAUGCUUCAGAUGAUUCACUCUCGGACCGUUGCGAAUCUAAGAUGACGCCAGAGGCCAGUCCAAGUCCUGUCGAUCAUGACUCUGAUGGAGCAUCUACAGUCACAUUUGAAGAUUCCCCUCUUCCACGAAAAUGGUCACAUGAUCUUCAGAAAUAUGAUAACACUCCACCUGGCUCUCCACCAGGAGUCCCAACCAAAGCUAUACGCCGCCCUCGUCAACUUCUCGAAAGUCCCGAUUUCUCCCACCUAAUAUCCACACCCGAUUCCUCUUUUUUUCCUAGUGGCAAUGCUCUCGAAUCUAUCCCUGCCUCGCCCGUCAGCAACAACAGCGAUGACCAAAUGCAACAACAAAUUAGUUCUCUACUUCAAUCAAUUCCAGCGCAUAUUCGGCUUCGCUCCGAACCAGAAGAAAAGGCAGAUACUAAAGGAAUUCGUCCUCGGAAGACUCGUCGCUCGGUUACUCCCUCGAUGCCUGCAGUUCGUUCGCAAUCUUCAAUUGGCAGCUUACGUGCCCCAACUCCAUCAUUUACCCUCGCUCCUGCGUAUGCAAAGAGUGGCACUCCGCGUCACAGACCUCAGAACGGUAAUCCAGAGAUUAAAGUUUAUCAUCUAUCUAGGUCAAGUGGUGAAAAGCCAAUUAAGCUUUUUGUUCGCUUAGUGGGCGAAAAUGGUGAAAGAGUCAUGGUACGUGUUGGAGGUGGUUGGGCAGAUCUUGGAGAGUAUCUCAAAGAAUACGCAAGUCAUCAUGGACGACGAGCGCCAGUUGAUAACGAUAAAGUUGAGGUUCAAGAUUUACCAUCACGUAUUCCAUCUGGUGGUUCUACUGUUCGUGAUAAUGGUCGUACUACACCUGGACCUGGUCGUAACACACCUGGUCCACGUUCUGCAUCUGCGAUGAGUGUUCGUCCAUCAACUGCUGUCGAUCGACCUAAAUCAUCCCUAGGUGUUCGCAAAACAAGGAAAUCUACAUUCUCUUCUUCUGAUGCGGUGCCUCCUCUUCCAGCUACACCAUUUGCUGAAGUUCAACGGGAACCAGAUGCGAAUCAGACCCCUCAAUCAGCAGUAUCUAGAAGUUCGUCAAGACUGGAUUGGAAUGAAGAAGAUACUUCGUUAGGUCUUGCUGGACCAAGAGGUAAACAAAAGGAAUUAGAUCAGAAAGAUCUGGAAUGGGUUGAAGGUAUGAAGGAGAAAGUCAUGCUGGCAAGUACGGAGAAGGAGAAAGAAAGACGUAAAGGCGGUCAUAGACAAAGUCUGGGAGAAAUGGAUAAGGUUGGAGGUACUAAGAGGUUGUUCAGAAAAACUUCAAGGUUAGAGCUAUAA